UCUGAAUCUAAGAGCUAUAGAUUAAUAUAGUUUAGUACUCAAGUAGGAAAAAUAAAAUGUCUUGCGAUAACGGAGAUCAGGUGCCGUUAUUAUCCUCCGACAUCCAAAGCCAAAAUAGCGAUCCUCAUAUAUACGAACAACAACUGACACAGAGGUUUUGGAUCGAAUCAAAGAAGCUAUGGCACAUUGUGGGCCCCGCCAUCUUCACCCAAGUCGCUUCAUAUUCCAUGUUCGUCAUCACCCUGGCAUUCGCCGGCCAUCUCGGCGAUUUGGAAUUUGCGGCCAUGUCCAUCGGCAGUAAUGUCAUCGUGGGCUUUGACUACGGCCUGAUGUUGGGAUUGGCUAGCGCUCUGGAAACGCUAUGCGGGCAAGCAUUCGGGGCGAAGAAGUACAGCAUGUUGGGAGUAUAUAUGCAACGGGCAUGGGUGGUUAUGAUAAUAUGUUGCGUUGUGAUGAUGCCGCUGUUCAUAUACGCGACGCCGUUGCUGAAGCUUUUGGGGCAGCCUGACGACGUGUCGGAGCUUUCGGGCGUGGUGGUGAUGGCUUUCAUUCCGCUGCACUUCUGCUUCGGGUUACAUUUCCCGGUGCAGAGGUUCUUGCAGAGCCAACUGAAGAAUUCGGUGAUUGCUUGGGUGAAUUUGGUGGCGUUGAUUGUGCAUUGUCUGGUGAGCUGGUUGAUUGUGUACCGGUUUAGGCUUGGAAUCGUAGCCAUCAUCAUGACCUUGAACUUCUCUUGGUUCAUUAUCUUAUGUGGUUUGUUUGGCUACACCGUCUGCGGCGGAUGCCCCCUCACAUGGUCCGGUUUCUCCGUCCAAGCUUUCUUUGGCCUUUGGGAUUUCUUUAAACUCUCUGUUUCUUCUGGAGUUAUGCUCUGCCUGGAGAAUUGGUACUACAGAAUCCUGAUAGUGAUGACAGGCAACUUGAAAAAUGCUAAAGUUGCUGUCGAUGCGUUGUCUGUAUGCAUGAGCAUUAAUGGCUGGGAAGUGAUGAUUCCUCUUGGAUUCUUUGCUGGAACUGGAGUGAGGGUGGCAAAUGAGUUGGGAGCUGGGAGUGGAAAAGGAGCUAAAUUUGCGGCAAUGGUAUCAGUGGUACAUUCAACUAUCAUUGGGUUGAUCUUUUGGGUGCUAAUCCUGAUCUUUGACGACAAGUUGGCCCUAAUUUUUACAUCGAGCGAACCUGUCCUAGAAGCUGUCAGCCACCUCUCAAUUCUCUUAGCUUUCACUAUUCUGCUCAAUAGCAUUCAACCAAUUCUAUCAGGGGUUGCUAUUGGAUCUGGAUGGCAAGCAUAUGUAGCUUACAUAAACCUUGGAUGCUACUAUUUACUCGGACUCCCUCUUGGCAUUAUAAUGGGAUGGGUGUUUCACCAAGGCGUCAUGGGCAUAUGGGCUGGAAUGAUCUUUGGUGGAACUGCACUGCAAACUCUAAUAUUGUGUUUGAUCACACUUCGAUGUGAUUGGGAAAAAGAGGCUAAGAAAGCAAAUCAACACAUUCAGAAGUGGGAAGGAGUGGAUCAUAACAAAUUGUAGAAGUGGGGUGGAGAAACCCAACCCAACCAACUCAAAAAAUCAUUAUUGGUCCGAUUUUCUUAUGGUCCAGAUAAUUUACUAGCCUAAACAUAAAAUAUUCAAUUCGGACCAAAGAAAACCACAACUAUUACCCAAAUUUUUCUCUAUCAUUCAACAUUGUUUACAAUUGUUGAGUAAUAAUUAAGUCUUUUACUUCUCGGGAAUUCCCUAAAUAGGGGUAAAAAAGUUUUUAAAUUCUAAAACAUAAAUGUCAUGUUUUUUAUUCCUAAGUAGGAGUAAUUUCUACCAAGUUUGGCAUCAUCAGGCCUUAACAUGGCUGUUUCGGUCAAGUUUUUUUUCAAACUUGGCAAAUAUUACUCCGAUUUAAGGAAUAAAAACAUGAAGAUCCUAUUUUGGAAUGUCAAGCGUUUUUACUCCUAUUCAGAUCAAUUUUUAUUUACUUUUUAUAGGAAAACGUGUAUAAGAUACUAUGUAAUAGAAUAAACAAACAAUGUUGAUAAUAAUGAAGUCUUUUGCUUUUUUGGGAAAUCGUGUAUGUGCUAAUAGAAUAAAGGUUUAAAUAUGUUUAUAGUCCUCG